AGUCACUUCCCAGGAUGCCGCGUUCCGGAAGUUGCUGCUUUCUAGGGGUCACUCAGGCUUCAGCUCAGUCGCUUUCUGCUCAUCACCGGGAGGACGACGGAGCUGGCUGCCCAGCCCAAAGGCCCACUAGGGGAUGCAGUUAUGGGCGCUGUCGCCGUGGAUUGUUAUUUUGUGUCAGUAACUAAUCCAUAAAGUGCCAACAUGGGAAAGAAACGGACAAAGGGGAAAACUGGUCCAGUUGAUGACUCUUCUGAAUCUUUAGAACCUGUGUGUAGUCACAUUAGGAAAGGAUUGGAACAAGGAAGUUUGAAAAAGGCUUUAGUGAAUGUGGAAUGGAAUAUUUGUCAAGACUGCAAAACAGACAAUAAAGUAAAAGAUAAAUCUGAAGAAGAAACAGAAGAAAACCCUUCCGUUUGGCUAUGUCUUAAAUGUGGCCACCAGGGCUGCGGCAGAAGUUCUCAGGAGCAGCACGCCUUGAAGCACUAUCUGGCACCCAGGUCUGAGCCCCAUUGUCUGGUUCUUAGUUUGGACAACUGGAGUGUGUGGUGUUACCUAUGUGAUGAUGAGGUCCAGUAUUGUACUUCAAAUCAAUUGGGUCAGGUGGUUGAUUAUGUCAGAAAACAAGCCGGCGUUACAGCUUCAAAAUCAGCAAAAGAUAAUGGAAACAUGGAACUUGAAAAUAAAAAAUUAGAAAAGGAGAGUAAAAAUGAACAAGAGAGAGAAAAAAAGGAUGCCAUGACUAAAGAAAUUGCUCCCACAAAUUCAGCUUCUCAGAUAACUGUGCGAGGACUCAGCAAUUUGGGAAACACAUGUUUCUUCAACGCCGUCAUGCAGAAUUUGUCGCAAACACCAGUGCUCAGAGAACUACUAAAAGAAGUAAAAAUGUCUGGAACAAUUGUAAAAAUUGAACCGCCUGAUUUGGGAUUAACAGAACCCUUAGAAAUAAACCUUGAGCCGCCAGGCCCCCUUACUUUAGCCAUGAGCCAGUUUCUUAAUGAGAUGCAAGAGACCAAAAAGGGGAUCGUGACUCCUAAAGAACUCUUUUCUCAGGUCUGUAAAAAAGCAGUGCGGUUCAAAGGCUAUCAGCAGCAAGACAGCCAGGAGCUGCUCCGCUAUUUACUGGAUGGGAUGAGAGCAGAGGAGCUCCAAAGAGUGAGUAAAGGAAUUCUUAAAGCAUUUGGUAAUUCUACUGAAAAAUUGGAUGAAGAACUAAAAAGUAAAGUUAAAGAUUAUGAAAAGAAAAAAUCAGUACCAAGUUUCGUGGACCGCAUCUUUGGUGGUGAACUAACAAGUACAAUUAUGUGUGAUGAAUGCAGAACUGUCUCCUUGGUUCAUGAAUCUUUCCUUGAUUUGUCUCUACCAGUUUUAGAUGAUCAGAGUGGUAAGAAAAGUAUAAAUGACAAAAAUCUGAAAAAGACAAUGGAAGAUGAUGAAAGAGACAGUGAAGAGGAAAAAGAUAAUGACAGUUACAUAAAAAAGAGAAAUGAUAUGCCUUCAGGAACAAGUAAGCACUUACAGAAAAAAGCAAAGAAACAAGCCAAAAAGCAAGCCAAGAACCAACGCAGGCAACAAAAAAUUCAAGGAAAGGUACUUCAUUUAAAUGACAUCUGUACCAUUGACCAUCCUGAAGAUAAUGACUGUGAGGCUGAAAUGUCACUUCAGGGAGAAGAGGAUAUUAAAUCCAACCAUAUUUCACAAGAGGAAGUUACACAUAAGGAGUAUUGUGUUAAUCAAAAUGAUUUGAAUGAUCAAGAAAAAAUGGUAGAAGGUGUAACUGACAAUCAAAAAUCCACAGAGGAAGAAGAUAUAAAAAAUGUCAGCAUGGAGAAUGAUGUAGAGGUUUUGUCAUCCUCUCCCACAGAAUGUACUAGAAACUUAAAUGGUGCCUACCUGAAAGAAGGGAGCAAUGGAGAAGUGGACAUUUCUAGUGGUUUCCAAAACCUUAACUUGAAUGCUGCUCUUCAACCUGAAGAAAUAAAUAUUGAGAUUGUGAAUGACAGUCAUGCUCCUGGAACCAAGGCUUAUGAGGUUGUAAACGAAGAUCCAGAAACUGCUUUCUGUACCCUUGCAAACAGGGAAGUUUUCAAUACCGAUGAGUGUUCAAUCCAGCAUUGUUUAUAUCAGUUCACCCGAAAUGAGAAACUUCGAGAUGCAAAUCAAUUGCUUUGUGAAGUCUGCACCCGGAGACAGUGUAAUGGACCAAAGGCAAAUAGCAAAGGUGAAAGAAAACAUGUUUACACCAACGCCAAAAAGCAGAUGCUAAUUUCUCUUGCUCCUCCUGUUCUCACUCUACAUUUAAAGAGAUUUCAGCAGGCUGGUUUUAACCUACGCAAAGUGAACAAACACAUAAAAUUUCCAGAAAUCUUAGAUUUGGCUCCUUUCUGUACCCUUAAAUGUAAGAACGUUGCUGAAGAAAAUACAAGGGUGCUCUAUUCCUUGUACGGAGUGGUGGAGCACAGCGGCACGAUGAGGUCAGGGCACUACACUGCCUACGCCAAGGCCAGGCCUGCCAACAGCCACCUCGCUAACCUUGUCCUCCAUGGUGAUAUCCCACAAGACUUUGAAAUGGAGUCAACCAAAGGGCAGUGGUUUCAUGUGAGCGACACACACGUGCAAGCUGUGCCUGCAACUAAAGUACUAAGCUCGCAAGCUUACCUCCUGUUUUAUGAGCGAAUCCUCUAAGUGUCCGCCAGUGCUUUCUCUGAAAACUGUUUUUUUUAAUGGCUAUAAUAAAGAAGACUAACUGCAAAUCAUGUUCACUUAAAGUUAAAUACAUGCCAGAAGAAACCAUGUUUAUUAAAAUACUGAAGGGAAAACACCUAAAAACUUACAAUGGUUUUGUUUUGUCAUAGUAAUUGUCUUGUCUGAAGCUUCUGGAAAGGAUUUUGAGUAAGACUUCUGUGCUAGUAUGUUUGGGUGGUGGGUUGCAACACAUCAAUAAAUUGACUUACCC